GGGACCGUGGACAAGCACUCGGUGGAGGUCACUAACUGCUUCUCCGUCCCUCACAACGAGUCCGAGGAUGAGGUGGCAGUCGAUAUGGAAUUUGCCAAAAACAUGUAUGAGUUGCACAAGAAGGUGUCUCCUAGCGAGAUCAUCUUGGGGUGGUAUGCAACAGGUCAUGACAUCACGGAACACUCUGUCCUGAUCCACGAGUAUUACAGCCGGGAAGCGCACAAUCCAAUCCACCUCACUGUGGACACGAGUCUCCAGAAUUCACGCAUGAGCAUUAAAGCCUAUGUCAGUGCCCCAAUGGGAGUCCCUGGUAAAACUAUGGGCGUGAUGUUCACACCUCUAACAGUGAAGUAUGUUUAUUACGAUACAGAGCGGAUAGGAGUGGAUCUUAUCAUGAAGACUUGUUUUAGCCCUAAUCGAGUGAUUGGCUUGUCCAGUGACUUACAGCAGGUGGGGUCAGCAUCAGCCAGGAUUCAGGAUACCCUGACCAUGGUGCUGCAGUAUGCAGAGGAUGUAUUGUCUGGCAAAGUGGCUGCUGACAACACUGUCGGGCGUUUCCUGAUGGAUCUUAUUAACCAGGUGCCAAAGAUUUCACCAGAGGACUUUGAGACAAUGUUGAACAGCAAUAUCAAUGACCUACUGAUGGUAACCUACUUGGCAAACCUCACACAGUCACAGAUUGCUCUCAAUGAAAAACUUCUGAGUUUAUAAAGAAACUUCUGCCACCCUACCCUUCAAAGAGCCUGAAGAACGUGCAGAUAUACUUUUCUAUGGUGGUGUUACAAAUUUCCUUGGACCAUAAUUUAAUUACCUAGAUGACUUGGUUUACAUCUUUAUUUCCAUUGCCCUGAAAAAUCCCUAACAUCGUUUAGGAAAUUAAUGGCGACGGCUGCAGUUUAGUUGAGCCCAGUAUUUUAAAAUGGAAUCCCUGAAUCUU